AUGAGCGCCAAUUCUAAUCAAAGGCGGUCACAAGUCUCUGACAAAACAGUCUCCCGAAACUCUCAGAUAAUCCGCAAACAUGUGGACGGAAAUGUCUCUCGUUCUGAAGAAUUCUGGUUCCACGAUGGCUCUAUCGUGUUGAUUGUCGGUUCCAUCAUGUUUCGCGUCCACCAGACGGUGCUUGCUGCCCACUCAGAGGUAUUCGCAGGCCUGUUUUCGCUUCCUCAACCAGCUGUGACUUCCAAAGGGCAAGAAUUGAUCGAAGGUUGUCAUGUUGUUCAACUACAUGAUCCACAAGAAGAUUUUAUCGACUUGUUAAAGGCGAUAUAUCGUCCAGGUCAUCUUGAUCAACCGCCAGACAACCUUGAGGAGCUCCUGCCGUGGAUCUCCGGCAUCCUACGCCUCAGUACAAAAUAUCUUAUUACGUCCCCCCGCACGCGUUGUAUCACGAUUUUAAAAGCCAAGUUUCCCGUCACCUUCGACGAAUAUAAUACGCUGCAUGCCAACCCGACGAGAAAACAUUACAAAUCGGACGACGUGAUGCGGGCAGCACGCCUAGCUCAAGAGUGCUCUAUUCGCGAAAUAUUACCCUACAUCUUCUAUGGUGUAGCCAGGAUGGGGCUCGCAAGGAUUGUUAACGACUCCCAACCUUCUGUGGACAUUUCCUGGAAAGACAAAGCUAUCUGUCUCGUCGGUCGAGAACGACUGCGUUGGGCAGAGAUGAGCUUAUCGCACUCAUUCUUGUUUGCCUUUCGACCCUCUCCAAGCUGUACAACCCCGCAGUGCGCUUUUGCCCGGGGUCCACACAAGGAAUGGCGGAUCCUCGAAGCCGCCAGAGCACCGAAUCCAUUAAAGGCUUGGACCAAGUGGGAUGCAAUGAACGUGUGCGGUGAAUGUGUCACUUUUGCGCAGAAGCAGCAUCAGGCGGGUAGAGAGGAGGUUUGGGGGCACUUGCCCGUUAUAUUCGAGCUUCCAACAUGGGAUAAGUUGGUGGAGAAAGCAUAG